GUAUAUAAAUGGCGGGAAUCGUGAGAUUUGUGGUAGAAAUCAGUGACUGUUGACAUAAUUUGAGUUAGUAUAAAUUAGAAUCUAUGGAGGACGAAGUAUUUACGAUUUAAGGUUUUCACGGCGGUGCGCCCGAAGUAUUUAUUUAGUAUGGUAUUACUUGGAAGUAGAAUGAGAGAAAAUUGUUAAAAUAUGGCAGGUGACUCUACGUAUGUUAUAACGCCGCCUUUAUCACCUCAGGGAGUUCGGAGUGGUAAUGUCAGUUUUGAAAAUGUUGGCAGUGUCCAGUUUCACUGGUUCACGUGUGCGGGAGAAGGAAGUUCAAGAGAUAUGAGACUUCAGCUAGAUGGUUAUAUAAUGAAGGGAGAAAUGAAUGUUAUUGCAGAUUACACUAGUGUGUGGGAACAAGUAAAGAAUCCAAUAAUUCUUUUUGGCAGAAAUUUUGAUCAGGACUCAGCUUUGCUUUUCCAUUCCAAAUUGCUGUUUCAAAUAGCAAGGAAAGAUGUGAUGAUCUUGGAUUCAGCAUCAAGACUAAGUUCUCAUUUACCCAGUAACGUUUCAACUUCUUUGCAGUCUGACUUAAAUUACUAUAUGCACCUCAGGAAGCAGAUAUGUGAGCUUAUGGCGUACACUCGCUGUUACAUUGCAAGAGUUCUCAGUAAUGAGAAUAGUGUCUGGUUGCUGGAUAAUUUGAUCCCAUCACUUUCUGGCCACCUCUUUGCAUUGAGACUCUUGCUACGCAGCCUGAGGGACCUGCCAGAUUACAUUGUUGCUCAUUCAGCAAAUUCCCAUGGCAACAAGUGCUCACAAGCUUCUUACCACCUUUUCCACCUGCAUCUUGACCUGCGCUGGUACCACCUUACAAUAUUGCAUCAACUGGUGAAGUGUCGAAGUUUGUACAUAAUGCUGGAUGAUUCUCAGCAGAACAGUGAAGAUAACAAACUAGUUGACUGGAAAAUGCUAGAAGAACAAGUUUUACUUCUGCUGUCAGAUCUCGUAGCAGUCGGAAUUGACAGGUUUGAAAGGAUGGCGCUGAGUGCAACGCUGAAGAAAACUCCUUUCAGUUGUACGUGUGUUAGGGAACUGUGGCUAAUGCUUCAAUUGUAUCUUGGCAGACUCCAUCAUACGGAACAUGGGAAAUCUUUUUGGACAUAUCUGAACCAAAUCUUGAAUGUUGUACUGGGGAAGAAACCUCCAAGUGAUGUGUCGGCCCAAAACUGUUCUGUACUAAGACUACCAGACACUUAUGCAUGUUCGGAUCGAGUCAGCUUCAGUCUUUGGCUGCUUGUCCAUUUAGCGCAGUUGAGUGGCUACACAGAAGAGGGACGCUACGUUGGAACUGGCAGCGGAAGGGUGGAGAGCAACUUCCCUCAACUGGAAGCAGUUCUCAAGGUCUGUGUGGCAACGGAUAACAAUGUGACUGAGCCGCAGCUGAGGGUCAUCGUCCGACUGGUGACUAUACUUGUAACGGAGUGGUGGGAGGCAAGAAGUGAGCCUGUUAUGAUUCUGUGGGAGUAUUAUCAUCGUCGGCUCAACAGCGCCUUUUUUGUACCUGGUGCUCUGCCAGACACGAUGGCAGUCAUGAGUAAAACAGGUGCAGGAUUAUUGCAGCAGGUGAAGACUCGGUUGGAAGUUACCGCAGCGCCGGACGAGGACAGUUUCUGUCUUUUCCUACGUUUACUUGGAAAGCACCUCGUUUGCUGUUUGACGCACAACCAGCAGCGGCACUGGCAGCAGAUGAAGGGUCGCAUCUACUCCAAGUUCCCCUCCACCAAACUUCUUGCCCUUACUGAGUUGGGCCUCUACCAUUUUGUUUCUUUGUUUCUUACUUUGGCUGUGACUGUGGAUUUGCAGGAAGUGGGUAAGAAACUUCAAGAUCUACUAAGCCUGUUGCCCAUAGAAUCACUUGACCUGAAUCGUCAGCUUGUGAAUAUGAAGGCCAAUUUUGCUCUAAUGCAACUGUAUAUUGAAAGAGGGUUGGACAUCGCAGACAUAUCAUCUCCGCUGCAGUCGAUUGUCUCGGAAUUGUGCACUCACAAAACUGCAAGCACGAUGGUGCUCAUGAGAACAUUUGUUGAAGGCAUUCAAGAUAUAAUUGGUUUGAAUCAGUUCUUGAAUCUGUCUGAACACUCACUUAUAGGUGGCUGGAUAACACAUUACUUGUCAAGAAAUGGCUUGGUCUCAGAUUCUUAUCGACUUCUGGAUACAAUUGUCUCCAUUUUAACAAAGUUACGCCAGUCUCUGAAUUGCAUUAUGGAUGAGGAUUCUGCUGACUGCAGCCAGCCAAGAAAGAUGGCAGAAGCGUUGGUGCAGCACGUUUUGCCGUACAUACAGGCUCAGUGUUCAAACGCUAUCGCUCAGCCUCCAUUUCAAGUAGCAGACUUAGCAGCAAGUUUCACUCUUCUGUCACUGGAGCAGCCAGACUUCUGGACUCACUCAUUUGACCAGCUGUUCAUGUCCUUUGUGAGCUCAGAGAAGAUGAACGUCAAGUUACUGAAGCGUUACUUGUGUCUGGUUUUGCAGGAGGAAGCUGUUAUGAGAAUUGUGAUUGAUCCAUCGAAGAACUAUGAAAGCAUUGUAGUUCAAGCUUGGGUCAGGUGUUGUAUAUUAUCUGUUAAUGAAUCAUCAGGGGAUAUGUUAGAUUUAUCAAGAAUUAUUGAGCAACUGCCUGCAAUUCAGGAUCUGUGUCAAACAUCAGCAGUCAGUCUGUCCAACGCAGACGAUCCCCUUUUCACGUUUAUCGAACUAGUGGGGCUCAGGUACCAGAGUCUGCAGGAUAUCCACAGGAAGGUAGCAUUCCACGAGAAAUGUGGCCUGUACUUCAUGCAGGUUGACAAGUGUGUGAGCUCUGUGGUCAGUUGUGCGACAUCAAGCAGUGAACUUGUCAGUAGGACCUACACGUCUGCUGCCUGCCUGGUGCGUCACUGUGGGCACAUUCUAUAUACCAAGUCAAAACCGAACUGCUUGUUGCCAUCAAUUGUUAAUCUUCUGCUUCUACCACAUGCCAUUUACAAGCCAGAAACCCAGUUACAUCCUUUCAUAGCCUCAGCAAUAAGAAAGACAUUACAUCAGUUUAUUUUUGGGAUAUCCAAGUUGAACCCAAAGCAAGACGAUUUUAUAGCUCGGAUAUUAAGGGACAUUGUCGCUCAGUACUUACCGAGACUAGUGGCCAAAACUGGAAGUGGUGUAAAUAUCCAAGGAGCCUUUACAACUCACCCUCUUUUAAAGUGUUUUACGGUCUGCGAGAAACCAGAAAUUUGGAGGUUUGUUCUGGAAUCCUUGUCGGACAGAUUCUUCACUCGCAGAGGGAGUGUGCCGCAUGAACACGCUGUAUUGGCAUUGGGAUUUUUGACGGACUUGAUCACUUUGAAAAAAUUUAGUGCAGAUCUGGUGAACCUGAUUAUUAACUGUUCACUGUUGAAGAUUUUUGAACUGGCAAUGUUUGCAGAAGAGGGACAUAUUGCCAGACAGCAAGCUGUAGCAUUUAUAAGAACAAUUGCUAGUAGUGACAUCUUUAAACAGAAUGUAGAUAUGAGGGAAUCGUUUCUUUCAAUUUUUAUGAUGCUCUGCAACAAACAUCUGGCGUUUUCGUCCACCCACCUGUUCAGACUGUCGUCAUGUUUGGCUCAGCUGUGUCCUGAGCUGAUGGCGAAAUGUUUGCCACAGCUGAAAGAUGUGAUUAAAACAGUAGAACUGAGGAGAGGUGUUGGAUAUGAUCCGGGAUUGAGGAAUGGCUUGGCGAAACUUUCAGCCAGCCUUGGGAUACAGGAAACAUGAGGUGUGUCCUCCAGAUCAGCGGUACAGAAGGUUGUAAUGUUGUUAUUUCUUAAUGGCAUUGCUAAGAUGUGUUGCUACUGGUCAGUGAGUACUUGGCAUUACAACAUUAUGUACAUUUGUCAUCUUUAGUGCCAGGUGAAACAAGUCUUUGGACAGAGAUUGUGAAAAUACUUGUUUUUUCAUGUUCCUGUGGGUAACAACUUAUGAUGGACAUCCAUUUUUUUAUAUUAAAAGAGGCUUGAAGUAACGUAGUCUACAUCCCACAGUGUUAAAUUGCAUAAUAAAUAGCUCUAAUUUGUACUCUUCACCAGGUAUUAUGGUGACCAAAUAAAGAUGGAUGAGGUGGGUGGGACAUGUAGUAUACAUGGGAGAGUUGCGAAUUGCACUCAGAAUUUUGGUUGGAAAACGUCAAAAGGAACAAAGCAUUUUAGAGCCCUGGGCAUAGAUUGAAAAGUAAUAUUCAACUGGAUCUCAAUGAAAUUGGAGAUGCAGAUAUGGAUUGGAUUCAUCUGGAUCAAGAUAGGGUCCAUUGGUUGGCUGUUGUGAACUAGGUAAUGAACCUUCCGGUUUUGUAAAAGGCAUGCAAUUUCUUGACCACCUUUUCAGUGAUUGUGCUGCAUUGAGUUGGUAUGAAAAGAAUCAGACUGGAUUGUCCCAAGCUGUUGUAUCAUUUGAACAUACUAUGUUCACCUUUCUCCGCAUUGUUAUUCAGGAUUAGACACAUCUGUUUUUUGCAUCAUGACUGCAACGUCAAUUUGCAUUAGAAUGUUUUUGUGCAUGACAGACCAGUUAAGUGUGUGGAUGGGCCAUUCACCUGCAGAAACCACUCCUGCUGCUCUGUAGAUGAAAGAGCAAUGUUAAUUAUGCAACAACAAAAGUAGAAGGCAAAAACUUCCCAAGGUUACCUCCUGGAAUGUACACUCCAGCCCAAAAACAUGACUUUUAUGUCUUGCAUAAACUGUAUAGAAAUUCUUGUUGAAUGUUCUGCUUUUUAACAUUUUCUUCCAUUUAGUUUCAAUUUCUGUGGGUCACCCAAUCUGUUCUUGAUUUCUCAGUGUUUCAGUGACACCCCAAAUGAGACACUGAAUGAGAAUUUAUUUGUGCUGUUUACUGUCCAACUGCUUUUAUCAUGAGCAGUGCGUUACGCUGAGUCUGAAUUUCGGAGUGGUUAACCUUACCAGAAGUACUUGGACAAUAAAUAUAAUCUGUGGAUUGUGUUCUUCUGGGUCGUGAGGCCAUGCAGUCUUAUAGCUGGUUACCAACAUUUUCGAGGAACAUACUGCUUCUUUCAUCAGGGUGUCAAAUUGUUUUCUAUUUCACAGUUUGGUGAUCAGAUCCAUUGUCCCCAAAGGAGACAUCGUGAAUUUAAUGGUGGGGUGGGGGUGGUUUUUACCCUAAAGUUGGAGGGGAUAUCUUCCUUGGAACUGGUAACCAGUUGCAAGACAUGCUGUCACAACCCAGAAGACUGCAUUUUAUUGCCAUGGAAAUCUUAAAUGUCAUAACAAUACUUCUUUACCAAAAUUCUGCGGUGGGAUGGUACAGGACUGUAAGAAUAUUGUCCCAUAUGUUAACUAGAGGUGUGUGAUGCACUAUGAAAGACUGGGUGUUUUGCUACGGGAAGUGGAUGUGUUCAAACCCCCUCCCCCCAACUGUGAAAUGUGGAAAAUUUAUUUUUUGUGGGAGUGUCAUUUGGAUUUCAGGGCUUACUGGUAGUUGAGAUAUUGGCAUUGUUUAUCCAAUUACAUACGCCUUCACUCUGUAAUGCAAAUGGGAUGACGUGUGUUAAUGAAUGUGACAAGAUUGACAGGAGACUGUGCUGCUACUGAGCAGUGUGUGGAUGAUAAAAAAUUGGCUGCAGCGUCUCCUUACCAGCUUGUUUUGAAUAAUGUACUUAGGGUUCCAAGAACUUGUUUUGAAAGGAUAUUUUUGUUUUGUGGCAAUGUGGCCUUGAAGUUAUUUAUCUGUGGGAGGAAGUUUCACUGGAAUUAGUAAUGUUCAUCCUUUAAUUGCUUUAGAAAGCAAUAGGCGGCUCUUGUGGCUA